AGCUCCCACACCACACACACACACACACUUUACAAACUGCAGAGCCAGGGCAUCGUCCUGCACGCCUCUUUUGUCUUCUUUCGGCGACUGGAGGGACUUGGCGCUGUGAUAACGACGGUCGGUGGCAGGGCGACUGGAUAGGGCGAUGGGGCGGGAAAGCUGUGUUGUGAGUUAUCGGCGAUGACAAUCCUCUACACUAUACUACACUACACUAGCCAGACACGCCCCCCUAGCCACGAGGAAGGCCUCGUUCUUUAUUUUCUUUCUUUUGCAACUUCCAUGCUUCUUUUGGCUUGAUCUCAUGCGGCGUUGUGUCUGCCUCGCUCGCCAAUCAACCGCCAAUGAACAACACUGCUACUGCUGUGUGAUGACGGUGUUAUAGACAAACAAGAGCACAAGGAGGUAUCGAAGGCAAAAUUGGUAAAGGUCUAAACUAGACGCCCAUUACUCGAUGCGUUUUGACCGUGGGCUACACAACGAACGGGCGCAAGGUGGUCUGUCUGCGGUUGUGAGACCCAAACCUCUGUAACGCACGUUGACCUGAACUUGUCAAGUUACGCCUCUCACGCAGUUGUCUUUCUUCCCCUUAGGCUCACCGAAAUUUCUUGGUUGAGGUUCAUGGGGUGAGGCCUGGAUAGGUAUGCUUCUUUCGUCCCUCGGGGCUCUGUGAAGAUACUCUGAAACUAGGUAUUCUGGAAAAACCCGCCUUACCUAUACAAGUUACUGGUCAACCAACAAUCGAAGAAGAGCAUCCAACACCCCAUAACUCAGCCGGACUAAACUGGACGGGACGGGACUGGACUGGACUGCAUACACAACCCCCCCACAAGCGCUACGGUUGUGGUGCCUUUUGGGUUCAUUGUGUUCAGCCGCAUCAUCACUCCCCUCGAUUUCGGUCAUCGAUUUGGACAUCCCGUGGGGUUCCCCCAUUAUCAACUGGAACUAAGACCGCGGAACUAUCUCUCAAGAUGAACGAACCAACGAUAUUCGAACAAUCCAUCCACUCGAAGGAUAAGGAUCCGGAGGUGGGCGAAGAUGCCAUUUAUAUGCCCGAGUAUGGAGCGAAUGGGAGGGGUCCGUCGCGGGUUGGUGAGGAGGGAGAGGAGGAGGAGGAUUUUAGGGAUUAUGUGUUUCCUGAAGAGCGAAAACUAGGAACAUGGUCCACAGCCUUCCUCAUUUUUAACCGCGUCGUCGGCGCCGGCAUCUUCUCAACGCCAUCCUCCAUCAUCCACAACACCAAUAGCGUCGGCGCCACGCUUCUCUUCUGGGUGUUAGGUGGUGUAAUGACCUUUUGCGGGCUAGCCGUCUACCUAGAAUUCGGCACCGCCAUCCCUCGUUCCGGCGGAGAGAAAGUUUACCUCGAACGCGUCUACCGCAAACCCAAAUACCUAGCGACCUGCAUCUUCGCCGUGCAAUUCAUCCUCUUCGCCAUCUCCACCGUCGGCUCCGUUUCCUUUUCCUCGUACCUCCUCCGCUGCGUCCUCGGCUCUCCUGACACCACCACCACCGGAGGCACCGCGCAAGAAGAUGCAACCAAAUACGAAGGCACGUGGCUAAACCGGGGCAUCGCCGUGGCAGCUAUUACCGCCGUCUGCCUCAUCCACGCAUUCUUACCUAGGUUGGGCAUCUGGCUAUCCAAUGGUUUGGGGGUGUUCAAGCUGGUGCUGCUGAUCUUGGUGGUAUGUACGGGGUUUGCGGCGUUAGCGGGGAAUAUGGAGGGAGAAAGCCCGAGAAACUUUUCGAGCUUUGAUGGGCCGGGGGAUGCCACGGGGAAUGGAGACGACCAGACGGACGGGAUGGGGAAUAAUGUCGCGGGCAGUGCGGCGGGGUAUGCGUUGGCGUUGUUGCAGGUUUUGUAUAGUUAUGGGGGGUGGGAGAAUGCCAAUUAUGUGUUGAGCGAAGUGAGGGAUGCGCCGAAGACGUUGAGACUGGCGGCGCCGAUUGCCAUCGGGACGGUCACCGUCCUUUACGUCCUGGCGAACAUUGCCUAUUUCGCCGCCAUGACCAAAGACGAACUCUCCAAAUCCGGCGUCGUCCCCACCGCCAUCUUCUUCACCCGCGUCUGGGGUCCCUCGGCCUUCACCGAGCGCGUCAUGCCUCUCUUCCUCGCCCUCUCCGCGCUCGGCAACGUCUUUGCGCAAUCCUUCGCCAUGCCCCGUGUGAAGCAGGAGCUCGCAAAGGAAGGCACUCUCCCCUUCUCGCGCUUCUGGGCGAGCGACUGGCCCGAGCAAAAGUCGCCGACGGGCGCCAUUUUGCUGCAUUGGAUCUUCACCGUGGCCUUGAUCCUCGGAUCCAGCACCAAGGACGUGUACCAGUUUCUGUCCAACAUUUUUACCUACUCGGGCAACUGGAUCAAGGUCUUCCUGGGGGUGGGGCUGCUGUAUCUCAACUUUACGCCGAGCGAGAACUGGACGACGCCGGAGAACAAGCGGUUCCAUAGUUAUCCCGUCCUGACGGUGUUUUGGGUUGUCGGGCUGCUGUAUACCUGUGCGGCGCCGUUUAUCCCGAACACGCUGCUGACCAAGGUUCACUUUUCGGUGGUGCCGGCGCUGGGGACGGGCAUGCUGGUUAUCGGCGUCAUGUAUUGGGUGGUUUGGGCCAAGGUGUUGCCGGCGUUUGGGUUCUCUAUACAGCACGAGGUGGUGGUGUUGCCGGAUGGGAGUGAGAGGGUCAAGUAUAAGAGGGUGAGGCCGAGGGGAGGUAGGAGUGGUGCGAGAGGGAGGAGGAAUGGGGGGAGGGGAGGGGGGAGAGGAGGAGGAGGAGGAGGAGGGACGACUGUUGUGUGGAGGUGAUAGGACGUGUGCACUUGUCGAUGUAGAGAAGAUACAACGUAGAAUAGUAGAUCAAUGAUUCGCGU